AUGUCCCCAACCGAGGAGCUAACGAAUAACGCAAACGGCACAGAGCAUUCGGGCACUAGCUCUGUCAAUGGACGCGGCUCGAAGCGCGUCCGAGACGAUCCAGAAGAGGCUGUCGAGGAAAAAAGGCCUCGGGGGACUAAAAAGAUGUCCAGGAUGGUCGACGAGAGCGACAUGGCUGUCGAUGGCGAAGGCGACGGCGAAGAGGACAGCGGCGACACACGCUGCGUCUGUGGAAAAUCUGUGGCUGAUGCUGGGCUUGACGACGCGGCCGACGACUCAGACGGCGACGAAGGAGGCUUGAUGGUUAUGUGCGAGACGUGCAAGGUCUGGCAGCACACCAUCUGCAUGGACAUUCCCGAUAAUGCCGUCCCCGACCACUAUUAUUGCGAGCUUUGCGAGCCAGAUCUCCAUACCGAGCUCCUCAAGAAACUCGCCAAAUCCCAGCGACGCCCUCGUCGCCGUUCUUCUGCUACGCGCACAUUUCAGAAGGCGCAGUCAGCGUCUCCUUCACCUCAGCCUAUGACUACAAACAGCAAAGUGUACAAACGGCGCAAUACGAUGAACAGCCGCGCGACAACUUACGAAGAAGAGAUUGCGUUGGCCAUCCAGGCAUCGCGAAUGGGUGCAACAGAUCCUGAAGAGGACGAGGAUACACCGCCAGUGACUGCAGGUCCACGCAACAAGCGGCGCAAGCGAAGCCCUACAAGUGUACCGGAACCAGAACCUUCCAACCCGCCGACGAAGCAUAGUCGCUCUGCGUCUGUGACGUCGGAACAUCCUCCUCCUGUUCGGGACGCCACACCCAACCCACCCGCGGUCGAAGUUGCCGAACAACCUGCACCUGAACCUUCUGACGAAGAGGUCGCAGCACCUCCCCCACCACCCACGCGGGGAAAGCGCGGCGGUGGUCCACGCAAAGGCACACGCAAAGUGCCUACACCAGGCAUAUUGGACGAUAACGAUGAGGCGCCCGGUCGUGCCAGCACGCGAGGUGGUCGACAGCCUAACCAGUAUUCGCGGAGAGGCGGGCAUGCAAAGCGAGGUGGCGGACAUCAUGGGAUGAAUGAAUCUAACAAGCGUCUCAAUAACCUUGUCAACAAUAAAGCGAGUCGCCCAGCGUCCCCUCCUCCCUUCCUUACAACUUGGCAUCUACCCGACCACCUUUCCCAUCUUCAAGAUUAUCUGCCUUCGGAGAUCCCAGAACCGUUGGACGUCCGAACAGGAGCCGGCUCCGAGACGACACAAGAACGCGGAAUCAAGGUCAAGUGGCCGACGAAGCGCAUGACGAUUGGAGACAUGAACAAGCGCGUCCGAAAUAUUUUAGAAUACGUCACGCGAGAGCAGGCCAAUCACGUAGAGAGACAGACUCGAGUCGCCGCGCUUGAUGAGGCCAUUGCUUCUGGGAGAUAUAGGCCGCUCACACCCGAACCAUCCGAUCUGAUGGACGUGGACGCCCUGCCACUCGCCAUGGAGGAGGAUGUCAAACCAAAGAUCCCCAACGAGGUGGAUGGCGCGAAAUCAUCACUUGAAGUGACGGCCAAUGGUCGGUCGGUCGUCACAGACGCUGUGUCGGACAACCCGACGGUUGCGUGGAUGAAGAAGAGCACAGAUGACAUGCUCGCUGAUCUCGUCUCGGACCUGAUCAAGUUUCAAGACCAAUACCGGCCGCGGUCUCGACGCCAUGCCGGUAUCGUAGCAUAA